GAGAUACUACCAUAAGUUGUCAAGACGUCAAGCUGGUAGCUGGUAGCUAUAGUGUGUUAUCAUACUAUUAAAUAAUAAUUGUCAAGUAUAUAAUUUGUAAUAAAGAUGAAAGGUACAAUUUGAAAUUCAAUUAAACAUUUUUUUUAAUUAUUGAAAACUAUUAAAAUAGUUUUGUGAAUUGUAUCAAUCUUUUUUAUGGGGAACUUGUAAACAGUUUUACGUAUUUAGUUACCUUAAUACCUUAUAUUUUUAGUUUGCACAACGGUACCACAAAAAAUACCCACCUAAUUCAUAUUCUAAAUUAUUAAUUCUGUCAUUAAACUAUUCAUGUUGUUAAAUUAACUCGAUAUAAUUUUUAGGAACAUAUUAAUUAUGUGUUGAUACGACAACAGGCGUCGAGAAGAAUAUUUAUUUACAAGAAAAAUGUUUACUUGUUCAAUAUGUGAUGAGACAUUUGUUGGAAUUCACCACAACUCUACUUAUACAACACAGUGUGGCCAUGUCUUUCAUUAUCAAUGUCUUAUGACAUGGUUAAAAAGAUCACAAACUUGCCCUCAUUGUCGUUCAUCGGUAUUAGAAAAUAAUCUGGUCAAAUUAUUUUUACAAGUUGAUCCUAAUGCUCGAGUAUCAUGGGAUAGAAAAACUGAUGAAGAAAUAAAUACAUUAAAGGAGCAAUUAAAAAGUUUAAAAGAGAAAGAAACCCGCAAUUCUAAAUCAAUUUACUGUCUUGAAACUCAACUAAAACAUUCAAAGAGUGCUUUAGACAUUAGCAAUAGAUCUGUUAAAUUAUUUAAAAGUGAAGCUGAAAAUCAAAAAAAACGAAAUUCUGAAAUAUCUGCUGAACUAAAAUUAAUGACUGUACAAUUCAAUGCAUCAGAACUUGAUAGAAAGAAAUUCCAAGCAGGAUAUGUGCUUCUACAAUCAAAAAUCAAAUCACUAAACCACGAACUUUACGAUUUACAAUCUUCAAAUUCAUCUUAUAUUGAUAAAUUAAAAUUUGAAAUAGCUGAUUUAAAAUCAGAAAAAGCGUACUUUCAAAGCAGAUGUCAUAAUAUAGAGAAUACAAGUAUUGAACAACCGAGUACAUCAAAGGUGAAUGUGGAAAACAAAAAUGCAAUAUCACUUCAAAAUCAAACUAAAAACGAAUAUUAUGGACAUGAUCCUCAGUUACAACUGUCUACCAAACAAUUUCUAUUAGGAUGUGUAUUUUUAUUUGUUGAAGUUCAAAUUCAGCAGGAAGAUAAUAAUAUGUGCAAUAACACAACUAUAUCCAAGGAAAAUAUUAUUAAAUAUGGUGGAUCAGUUGAACAGUCUUAUUCUGUUCGUGUUACACAUGUCAUUUGUAUCACUCAAAAACAUCAUUUAGUUGAACUAGGUUUAAAUGAUGGUAAAAGAUGUGUGACUGAUUACUGGCUCAGCGAUAUUUUUGCUAAAAAAUGUAUGAUACCACCUUGGUUAGCUAUUCAUUUUCCCAUACCGUACAGUAUGGAAAAUUUGCCAUGUCUACAAUUUCAAUUUGCAAUUGUUAAUUUUGGUACAAAUGAACAUCAUAUAAUUAAAGCAAUGAUUGAACUAGUUGGCGGUGGCCUUGCUACAGAAAUUACUAGCAGAACUGAUAUUGUAGUUAGUUUGAAAUUAGAAGGUGAACUUGUAAAAAAAGCUUUAGCAAUUAAUAAACCAGUGGUAAAUGUUCAAUGGUUGAACGAUAUACUUUUUGGAGCAAAACUUGGUAUAAAAGAACCUGGAAAUUUAAAAUACCAACAAUUUGAUUUAUGUAAUCCAUUAUUAGUGAAUUAUGAAAUGGUAUCACAUUUAAUGGAGGCUUGGAAAACUCCAUUGACUUUUUGUGAAAAUCAACAAGUGUACGAUUUGACUUUAAAUCCAGAUAGUCCUACGAAAUGUAAAAGACAAAAAACAAUAACUGAAACCCAAGAAAUGAUAGAUUUAAUUAAUGAUGACAUUGAUGACAAUGAUGUUAUAAUUACUUAUAUAAAAAACUUACCAUCAAAACCAUGUGUGAUGUUUUGUGGUUUUUCAACGAACGAUAAAGAAAUACUUAAAAUGAUAUUACUUCUAUUUGGGGGUGUAGUAGCCACCCACUGUUUUGAGGCAACUCAUUUAAUCAUGGACAAACCUGUAACAUCGAAAGAGUUUUUUGGUUGUCUUUCAACUGUCAAAUAUAUUCUCAAUGAAAAUUGGUUAAAAGAUUCACAUUCCAAUUUAAAACUCCAAGAUGAGAAAGAAUAUAUUAUAGAAAAUAUACAAGAUCAAUUUUUGGGGUUAUGUUAUAUACCUGCAAUUCUCGAAAACAAAAUGCGUCGUCUACUAUUUAGGUACUUUUCGUUCUUUGUUACUCCUGGAAUUAAAUAUCCACCUUCUCAUUGCUUGGAGCAAAUCAUUGCUUCUGCUGGUGGUACUAUAGAAAGAACUAGAAGGUCUUUGGAGUCAAUCCGAGGUUCAGCACCCAAUUCCUAUUUUAUUAUCUCAUGUCCAGAAGAUCACUAUUUGUACAAUGACUUGUUGGGUAUUUCUAAUGUUGUUUAUUUACCUGAAUUUAUAACAUGUUCAAUCCUGGCUCAGCACGUCCAACUACAAAAAUUUUUGCUAGAAGUAACCGCUCAAGACUAAAUUUUAAAAUACUUAUAUUGUGCCUAACAGUUUUGUAAUAAACAUUUUAUUUAAAUUAAUUAAAGUUGAUAGUAUUUGAGAAUAAUU